AUGGAAAAGGUCAGUUCCAUUUUUGACGGGAAGCUAGACAUUCUGAUCAACAAUGCCGCAAUUCUGAUGUGGAAGCCAUUUGAAGAACAUACUGUGGAAGAUUAUUUGACCCUUUUAUCCACAAAUCUCGAAUCUUGUUACCAUUUCUCUCAGCUCGCUCAUCCUCUACUCAAGGCUUCAGGAAAUGGAAGCAUUGUAUUCAUUUCCUCUGUUUCGAGUUUGGUUAGUGUUAGUGGUGUCUCCGUUUACGCAACAACAAAAGCGGCAAUCAAUCAAUUGACCCAAAAUUUGGCUUGUGAAUGGGCUAAAGAUGGCAUCCGGGUUAAUUCAGUUGCUCCGUGGCUCAUUAGAACUGCCAUGGUGGAAGACUAUAUUGAUCUCCCGGAGUCCGCGAAGAAGAUUUAA